UCCCUCUCGGAGCGUUCUCCACAACGUUCGGUGCGACGGCGACGGCGCCCGGAGGCGCGCCGCGCCACACUCGCGGGGUGCACGCGGCCAGGCCGGCUCACUCUCGCUCCAGCGGUGCAUCUGUGCUCUCGGAUCGCGUUGCCAAAGAGAAUACGCUCACUCGCUCGUUCUGCGUAUGCAACAUACAUUCUUUUGUGUGCUGUGUCUCUUCUCGGAUUAGACAAUAGAUUGCAUUUACCUCCCGGAAAAAUGCUACCAACGCUCUUCAGGCUGCUUGCCUUUGUCUCUUUAACAGGUGUGCUUCCCACCGGCCUUUGUGCUCGGCCGCUGCAUCUGUCGCCCGCGAAGACCGAGGUGGUCAAGUACGUCAACGAAACAUACAUUGUCGCUUGCCAAAGCGACAAGGGCGCCAACAUAGCGUGGACCAAGCCCUCCGGAGAACGGGUCAGCCAAAGCAGGGGCAGAAUCCACAUCGAGGAAAGGUGGAACGUUAAGGGCGGUGUCAAUUUGAUAUUUGAGAGCAUCGAGAAGAAGGACCGCGGAAAUUACACAUGCAGCGCCGAGGUGGACGGGCGAGAGCUGACCCAGCACUUCAAACUGGUGGUUAUCACUCCAAUCUCAUUCAUGGAUACUCCGACGCUGCAAAACGCUACCGAACACCAAGACAUGACGAUCCGCUGCGAGGUGGAAGGCGAUCCCGAGCCAAAAGUUACCUGGCAGGUGAAUGGGAAGCAUCCGCAAGGACCGAGGCACAAAGUGAUCGCCGACGGUUUGUUGAUCAAGAACGUGAGUCGGUCUGAUCGAGGAGAAUAUCUCUGCAGAGCCUUCCAAGCCUCCUCCAUCGCCAGCAACAUCGCCGAGCAAAUAAUCACCCUCAAAGUUCAACACAAGCCCCACUGGCCGAGCGAGCAGUCGGUGCGUGACCGCGCGUACGGCUACGUGUCCGGCACCGUCAACCUGAGUUGCGAGGCCAUGGCCGACCCAGGGCCCGAGUUCGAGUGGAUUAAGGACAGCCACAGAAUUGGACCCCACACUAAGCACGCCAAGUUGUUUCGAGAACCCAAUCGCAGCGUGCUUCAACUGCUUAUCACGAACCAAACCGUGUUUGGCGAGUACGUCUGCAGAGCCAGCAACCCCCUGGGCUAUUUGGAGAGGAUUGUGGUGCUGCACGAGGGUGCUCAGCCGGUCGCACCGCAGAUGCACGUGCGCGCCGCUAUGCACGACGCGUUGGUGAUCGAACUGAAGGAAACGGUCGAGGAGAAUAUCUUCCGGAAAAGCCCGCCUCCGCUCGAUGUCACCUCCUUCAGGGUGCAGGUCAAGAGGAAGGAGGACAAGGACUGGCUCCACGCCAACACCUUUGACUUUGACGCGGAGACGGGACCAAUGUACACGAUCCAAGGCCUGCAGCCAGACUCGGUCUACACGAUCAGAGCAGCGGCCAUCAACGCGGCUGGCAUCAGCAACUACGUCAAGGAGCAGAACUACAGGACCAAAUCUUUGGCAGUAGCGGCCAGCAUGAACGAGGAAACGUCGGCGGCCCCUUUCUCAUCGGUCUCCUCGAUCUGCCUUUUAAUCGGCGCCUUCCUCCUCAGUCAAUGUUAAUGGACGUGCAAACAUCCUAAUUAUUAUUAGUUUUUUUAUUCCUUUGAUACCUGUUUUUUUUCAAACUGGCUGCUCACUGUCUUUGUUGUUAUCGUCCCACUGAGCGUACCUUAUUGUUUGUGUAAAUAUUAACAAUGGAAAUUCUCAUGCAGCCGGUUGGGAAAUAUGAGGACGUUUUAAAGAGAUAAAUUCGCAAAUGUUCACUGCGUUGGUAUUAUUAUUUAAAAAGGUUGAUUUCAUGAACAUUGCUUGUAAUAUUCGUGCCGUGUUGAAUGGUUUUUAUUAAUUUUACUAAAAAAAUGUCUGAAAAAUUAACUCGACUGAAAAUUCGUUUCGUUCAAAGCAGUCUUGUUAUGCGUGCAUAUUUUUACUUUGUGUUUUUCAUCAGGCCUACUUAAGCAAAAUUGUGUACAUUCCAUCAAUCUAUAUAAAAUGUCGUGUAUAUAAUUUAGAAAAAAGACACAGCAAGCAGUAAUACACUCGAUAUACAGUUGAAAAAUGUCAUGCCAUCUCCUGCUUCCCAAUCUUUGGAAAAUCGACAACUAGAUACAGAAAAUAUAAUUCAAAAUAAUUACUGUAAAAUUCUAAACCCUAAUUGUUUCGCUUUCUCAAGCGAAAAUAACAAGUGAGUAAAUAUUUUACAUUUACUUCACGAGAGAGGAAUAAAAAACCCUGUGUAUGUGCGUGUAUGCCAAUGGAAACGAGGACUAAAACAAUAAAUGCAGAUCGGCGCUCUAAUUACUGAGUGAGACGCUUACUGUCAGCUUACGAGAAAUUGUCUAAAGGAAAAUAAGUUUAAAUUUAAACGCAAUGUUGCAAAAAAGCAAUGCUGUGCACCAACGGGAGAAAAUGGUUGAUUGAAGGGACAAAUAGCGAGAAUAUUUGUACAACUGAAAUAAUUGUACGCGUGUCAAACUCUUGAAAAUAAAAUAAAUCAAAUUUACCUUCA